GUCAAGCCUCGAGCCCAAGCCCGGUUACAGUGCGCAGGCGCAGCUUGCAGGCUGCCUGUCAUUGCCAUAGCAACCAGAGCAGACGUCAACCAGCAACAUGGCCAAAGCAACGACUGUGAGAGAAGCACUGGCUAAAUGGGAGGAGAAGUCAGGGGAGAAAGUGGGCGAGACUACAGCCAUAAAGCUGUAUGGUCAGGUUCCUCCUAUAGAGAAGAUGGAUGCUUCUCUCUCCACACUCACCAACUGCGAGAAGCUCUCUCUGUCCACAAACUGCAUUGAAAAGAUAACCAAUCUCAAUGGCCUGAAGAACCUGAGGAUAUUGUCAUUAGGAAGAAAUAACAUCAAGGUCCUCACUGGGCUGGAUGCAGUAGGGGACACAUUAGAAGAGUUGUGGAUCUCCUACAAUUUGAUAGAGAAACUGAAGGGAAUCCAAUCCUUGAGGAAACUCAAAGUCCUGUACAUGUCCAACAACCUGGUCAAAGAAUGGGGAGAGUUUGUGAGGCUAGCUGAGCUGCCAUGCCUCGUAGACCUGGUGUUUGUUGGAAACCCUCUGGAGGAGAAGCAGUCGGCUGAGGGAACCUGGAUGGAUGAAGCCUCUAAAAGACUACCGAAUCUGAAGAAACUAGAUGGAACCCUGGUCAUCAAACAGGAAGAGGAUGAAGGAGAUGGAGAGAGCUGAGAAGCAUGACUACUCUAUAUGCAAAACUACAACCCCCUUCUUGAAGAGUCUUCCCUUUUUAAGUUUUCUAUGGUUUGUCAUGGUGCUUUUGUUUAUAUAAAAUGUUUUUUUUACAGCAGCAUAGACUUUGUUGUAGGUGGACAAGCACAAGAUGACCAACACUGGGGGCUUGGGACCAGAAAGAGGUUUUGAUGAGACCUUAGUGGAAAUACAUGAUAAGCACAUUUCCUAAUGCAACAGCAUUGUGAUUUUUUUUAUGAAGGAUAUUGACACUAAUACUAUUUUUUUUU